AUGUUCAACGUAUCGCGGUCGUAUGCGCCUGACGCCUGGCUUGCACCUGUCCCCCAGUUGACCAAGGGAGGCAAAGCGCUCGACGCUCAGACCACGAUAAGGAUUGAGAAGAGUCGCUUUAGUGUGUCGACGAUCAACAACGAGCUCCUCCCUGAGCUCUUGAGCUGGUCUGCCUUGAUGGACAGUCCACUCCCGUCGCUCGCGCUGGACCCCAUCCCCAAGUGUGCAGCGAAAUCCAAGAAAUGCGAGUCGCUGGAGAGCGAUCAAGAGCGACAGCCCAGUCUGAAGAUCCCACUAUCGAGCAUCCUUGAUCCCACGACGCUGGAGGUCGGGUUUGAUGCGUCGUGUUUCGACGGCAUGGACGACCUCCUUAUUUCGUCGCCGCUGGAUGCGUACGCGGAGCUGUGCUGGUCGGACGGGGUGGUUGCGCACUCGCGGUCGCAAUCGGAGCCCAUUACAUUUGCGCCGUACCGGCGUGCUGCUGCCGGACAGUGCAGGAGACGGCGGAUGCGACCCGCUUUCGUUACCAGGGACGCCUCUUCCGAUGAGAGCGACACGGACUCCGACGAUGAGUGCAGGACGUACCGCGAUGAGGACACCGUGCGGCUGAUGUGUGGGAGCGGCGAUAUGUCGGGUGAGGGCUUGGGAGGGUUUCCGUCAUACGAUGAUGAAAACGACGGCCACGGUAUCUCUUCAUUCAUGGUCUUCGAGUCUCGUUUCUCGAACCCCCAUGAGUCUGUGGGGUGCUUCCCGAUCCCUGCUUCUCCACCGAAAAGCGCUCGUCGCCGCUUUGCCUCGUUCUGCGCCAACCGCCUACCAUUUGUGAGGACGCACACACCCUGA